AUGCGAACUCACUCCCUGACCUUCUUUUACACUGCUGUAUCGGAAGGGGUUCCUGAGUUUUUCGCCGAGAGCAUGGUGGAUGAUGUGCAGAUAUUUUACUAUGACAGUAGCUAUGGGGUAGUGAUUCCACGACAGGACUGGGCGAAUGAUUCUACUGAUCCACAAUACUGGGAAACACUGACACACAACUUCAAAGUGUCCCAGCAGACCUUGAGUGAGAACAUGAGAACCCUGAUGAAACAUUCCAACCAAACCAAGGGUGCUCACACUGCCCAGAUGGUGUACAGAUCUGUUCCUGACAUCACAUUGACACAAAGGAUAAAUGAGAGCAGUACAGUGACGGAGGUCUCCUGCCAUGUAUCAGGGUUUUACCCCCCAGAGGUGAAGGUGCGCUGGGUUAGCGACGGGCAGGGGAAGCUGGAGGACGCAGUGUGGAGCGGGAAGCUGCUGCCUAACCAGGACGGAACCUACCAGAUCCGGAAGACCGUAAUAUUGUACACUGAGGAGCUCAGCAGACACAACUAUUCCUGCCAGGUGAAGCACAGCAGCUUCCCCAACACCAAAACCCUGAAAUGGGAACACAGGAUCAUGGACUGCAGCGCACUAGCAGAGCUGCUGGAGGUGCUGGAUAGCAGAUGGGAGACAGCAGACAGAAAGAGGGAGGAGCGCUACACUGCACUCAUUGAAUAG